CAAAGGGGUUGGUGUCAAGUCAGCUGACGCGUCAAUUAUCGCUUACGAACGGCUGCGCCGCGCUCGGAGAGGGAGCGAGAACAAAAUACGUUUGAUUUAACGUGACACCCCAUUGCCAUCAACCGCGCGCGCGACCCCGAUCCCAGCCUGCGCAGACUGAUUCUAGUUUCCGAGACUCGUUUGACCUGAUUAUUGUGUCUACUUACAGAUCGUACUUCUGGUUGAAGUAGAAUAGACUGGUUCCUGAGAGCUGGCUGAGACUGUUCGCAAGGCUAGAAAGCGCACGAGAUGACGUCUUUGCCGGAUCCAGAAUCGCUCCAGCCGACUACGGAGCUGCAAAACAUGGCGGCGAUGAACAAAAAGAAUACAAAUGGGGCUCAGCAGCAUUCACCUCAGCAGCAACAUCAGCAACAGUCACAGCAACAGACAGCAAAUCGAGAUGGGGCGUCCGGAAGCGCGACGGAGACGGGAGCAGGUGCCACUGGAAUACAGUGAGCUGUUAGUAGCGGCUCAGCGCGGCGACGUUGCCGAGCUGGCACGACUGAUCGAAUCGGAACAGUUCUCGGUCCACGAUACAUCGCCGGACGGCACGACCGCUCUGCAUUGGGCGGCGAUCAACAAUGCGAUCGAAGCCGUCAACUACUUGCUUGAUCAUGGGGCGGAGGUCGAUAAGAAGGGCGGCGAGCUGAUGGCUACUCCGCUGCUGUGGGCGUGCCGAGUCGGAUUAAGUGACAUGGCGUACUUGCUGAUCCAGAGGGGAGCGGAUCCGCUGCGAACAGAUGCGCAAGGGUUUAACGCGCUGCAUAUUGCUAUCCACUCGUCAAAUAUUAUGCUUAUUGUGUAUUUGCUUCACCAGGGUCUGCCGGUCGACUACGCGGAUCCUCAGCAGCGCACUGCCUUGCACUGGGCAGCGUACCAAGGAGACCCUCUGAGUGUCGAUGUUCUUCUACGAUGGGGUGCCGACGUCAGACUGAAAGACGACACAGGAUUCACCCCUCUACACUGGGCAGUCGUGAGAGGAAACAUGGCCUCGAUGAAACGCCUGAUCGAAGAAGGAUCAGACGUGAAAGCCGAGACCGCAGACGGCAAGACCCCCGCGAUCAUCGCCAAAGAGAUGAUGUGCUACCCCGUCUGGCUUCUCGCGCUGAAAAAAGCGGGCCGUGAUCCCGACGGAAUGACGAUCCCGAAAAAGAUAUCGCAGUAUAUGCUGCGGCGGGUGGUGUUUUUCUGGCCGUGGAUGAUGCUCUUCAUCACGUUUGAGAUUCUGACGUGGAUUAAUGCGUUUGUUGCGAUCGCGCUCAGUCUUGUGUGGCUUUGGGGAUCGCAUACGCUUCUUAUGAAGAUCAUUGAGUCUGGAAGCACUGGAUCUGUGCAGAUCCACAAAACCCCUUAUCUCUCGGGAAUAUUCUCCGGAUCAGCCUUCUUAGUCGCCGUUCGCUGGUUCUUCUUCAUCUUACCAGGCACAGCCAACGACCGACCAUUCGCAAACCUUCUAUUCUUCAUAGUCUUUGGCCUCUCGAUGUUUUUCUUUGUCAAGAGCAUGUCCAUGGACCCAGGGUUUAUCCCCAAACCGGCCGGCAACAGCGAGCAGCGCGAGAUCAUCGACGAGCUGCUCUCGAUCGGCGAAUACGACUCGAGGCAUUUCUGUAUAUAUUGUUUCACGCGGCGGCCGUUGAGAAGCAAGCAUUGUCGCGUGUGCGAGAAAUGUGUAGCCCGGGUCGAUCAUCACUGUCCAUGGAUCAAUAACUGUGUAGGUGUUCGCAACCACCGAGCCUUCUUACUCUACGUGAUUCUCCUGGAGACAGCAAUUCCGAUUCUGCUGUAUCUGACUUACGAAUACUUCUCCGAGGUCGACGACGACGACGAUUACGAAUGCAUGAUUCUCAAAGAAGAUCUCUGCGCGGUCGUCAGCUACGACCCGUUCACACUCUUCAUCGCGCUAUGGUCUGCCGUUCAACUGACCUGGGUCUCCAUCCUCACGGUUGUACAACUCUACCAGGUCUGUCGCGCGCUCACCACCAACGAAGCAUACAACCUCCACCGCUACGGCUGGAUGGGCGGCGCCGGCGACGACGAGGCCGUGCCCUCCGGUCUGGCUGACCCGUACGCUGCCGACAAGCCCGGUGCGUUCACGCACAACCAUCACCACCACGGCGGCGCGCUCGCAGUCUGCUGCAAGCUCCUCGGCAUCACGCAGUUCAUCUCACUCGUGAGCGACUUUUGCGCGAGCUCGAAAGCGCUAAGCUUCCUCUCCGCCUCCGCCUCGGGCGGCCACCACCGCGAAAGCAGCAGCCGUCCGCGAAACACAAUCUCGAACCACUACAACCCGUUCGACGGCGGCUUUGUGAAUAACUGCCGGGAUUUCUGGGGUGGCGACGAGAGCGUGUUUUCGCAAAAGUUGACGGACGCGGAUGGCACGCGCGGGAACGGAAAGAUUAAGGGCAGGGCGGCGGAUUAUUAUCGGCUCUGGGAUGUUGCGGUCGGCGCGUCGUCUGUGCCUCGAAGAUUCCAUAAUGCGGAAGAAGAUUACGACGCGCUUCCGGGUUAUGAUGUCCUAGUUUGAAACGCAACAUAGGCAGGCAGGACUAUAACGACGGCCUGGACGGGAUCGCGCGGCGCGUAGGUUACGAUUUUUUUUUUGCGCUUUUAUUAUUUACAUACACAUUUUUUGGUUUUGAUUGCAUCAAAAUGGGGACUUAUUCAAUAUAAAACAGAUUAGAAGCUAACAGACUAUGGAAGA